UCAAGGGACUUGCCAGGACCCGCCCUGUACAAUCAACAGCACCGCACGUAGUUGACAAGUGCGCCCUCCCCCAUCAACGUCGUUUGACAUAUACCCAUCUUUACAGGAUUCGCCUCUGGCAGUUUUUAAAAAGGCAAACUCAAAGCCACAUAUUAUACUGUAUGUGCAGAAACCGUGCGGGGAGGGCAGCCUACAGAGAUUGGUUCUUCUACAAGACAGAGAGAAUCCCUGCUGUUUUUCUUCUUCAUUUGGAGACAAUUGAUGUAAAAGGACAUUUGAAAGCCCAAAAGUAGAAGACUCGGGCUGUUUCGCGGUCGACAAUCUAAACUCGAAUAUACUUGGACUUUAACACAAUAAAUACAACUCAGCCACUUCGCGCGAGUGAAGAGUGGAACCUAAGCAUCCGAUACAGUGGUUAAGGGACUUUUACGCACUUACGCACGCAGGCAGUGGGCACCUGUGGAUGGUGACUCUUUCAAGGACUUUUGCUCCAAAACCCCGAUGAUCAAAAGCAAAGCGUUCCAUGCAAUACAAAUAGUAGUUGAUUAUAGUUGUUUUAUGUUUGUAAUCAUUUUAAUUUGAAACAAUAUGCUGGUUAGUUUUUCACUCCUGGCAACGCUUCUCUUAAGCGAGUCGGGUUGUUUGGGCUCGUUCGUACCGUGCGAACCGUGUGACCAGAAGGUUCUGUCGAUGUGUCCGCCAGUACCGGUGGGAUGCCAGCUGGUGAAGGAGCCUGGCUGUGGUUGCUGCCUGACUUGCGCACUCCCCGAGGGCCAGUCGUGCGGCGUGUACACGGGAACUUGCACGCACGGGCUCCGGUGCCUGCCGAAGAGCGGGGAGGAGAAACCGCUGCACGCGCUCCUCCACGGGAGAGGAGUGUGCGCCAACGAGAAUAUGUACAAGCCGCUGCAUCCAGGCAGGGACGGUUAUUCUCCAGAGGAAGCUAUGUUAGCAGAGGUUCCAGAGUCCCUGCUGCCCCAGGCCAAGGUGCCUCUGUACGGGGGCAGAGACCACAUCAGCAGCCGCAAGGCUCAGGCCAUGAGACAGGCUAAAGACCGCAAGAGACAGCAGGCCAAGCUCCACUUUGUCAGAGGCCUCGACCACUCAACCCAUGCCCUGGACAAACUGCAGCCUGAGUUUGGAUCCUGCAGGAGAAAGCUGGACGGGAUCAUUCAGAGGAUGAAAAACACAUCUAGAGUCCUGGCUCUCUCCCUAUACCUCCCCAACUGUGACAAGAAGGGAUUCUUCAAGCACAAGCAGUGUAAGCCAUCACGUGGGCGGAAGCGGGGGAUCUGUUGGUGUGUGGACCGCUUCGGAGUGCAGCUCCCCGGAACUGACUACAGUGGAGGGGACAUCCAGUGCAAAGACCCGGAGAGCAACAGCAACAAAAACCAAUGAGAGAUGGCCAAUGUGGUCACCUGUCAUGAGCCAAGGCCCGCCUCCCUUCACCCCUCCUCCUGCCAAUCACGUGUACAUGCAAAAUAUGCAAAAGCCAAUCAAAUCAGGAAAGCAGGGCACAGAUACAGUACAUACACGCAGUUUUAAACUAUACAUCCACCUAUACUGAGAUUACCUAUAACCUCCCUUUAAAGCACAUAUAACAAUGUUCUCUGACUUAAAUUGUGUUGAUAAUAGAUUGAUACAACAGAAGCCACAGUCAGAGGUCCAAAUUAUAUUAGAUUCUGUUUAAACAAAGUUUUAAGAUGUUGACAGGAACUCUUUACUGAGGAGCACAGUGAUCUGGGGUCGUAUUUAAACGUAACUCUGUUCUCUUCAUCCAAAUGUUUGUCCCAUCAGAGCACUUCCCUACAAGAGAACCUCAGUGACUUAAAGUACUUUACUGUCUGAGUUUGGGCCUAUGUCCUUAUAUUUCCUUCUGAGUGCAAUGAGAUGAGAAUAGCUUUUUUUUCAGUCCGGCCCUUCUUCCACUUUGUCUCACAGAUUGUUCUGAGUUGAGGGUCUUAAGAACUAUUAACUGCUCAUAUAAAAUGUACAAUAGGUUGUUACAGAGUAGUUACAGUAGCUAUCUUAAUAAGCACAUCAACUGCUACUUCUGAUGGGUUGUUACAGAGUAGUUACAGUAGCUAUCUUAAUAAGCCCAUCAACUGCUACUUCUGUUGGGUUGUUACAGAGUAGUUACAGUAGCUAUCUUAAUAAACCCAUCAACUGCUACUUCUGAUGGGUUUUAUCUCAGUAUAUUUUCAUAGGGGUGACUGUAUAAAAUUAUUAUGUGUGUGUGUGUGUGUGUGUGUGUGUGUGUGUGUGUGUGUGUGUGUGUGUGUGAGAGUGCCUCCUUAACUUUCUCCUUUAGUAGUCUGUAUUGUGUCUCUUAAGCCUUACCUUCAGUGAAGUAUAUAUUUUUUAAAGGUCAUCUCAAAAACACAUCAUAACAGUAAUUUGCUUGUUUGGUCAUUUAUAAACGACAGCCAAGAAAGUAGAAAGUACAGGUGCUUUGAAAAGUCCAACACAGACUCAAAUUGCAUGCAAAUCUUGCACGUAGUUUCUAUUGACGUCUCGUAGCCUCCUGUCUGACCACAACACAGUCUUCUGCCUAGGACUCUACUAUAUGACCCCUGGAAAGGUGUGGCUCUUUGGGUUUCUAUGUAAAUCUCAGUGCCUUCUCUCUCUCAUGACUUUGAAUCCAGAUUUACAUACAGAUUAACAGGCCUUGUCGUUGAGCGAGGACAUUUUAGCAGAAUGUGGAUUUGGAGAUUGGUUGCUAGAGACCCAUGAGUUGACGAGUGUGAAGAUAUAAGUCUACACGAUAUAAGACCAUGAUGAUACUUUUUGAUCCUACGUCCCGUUUGUGAACAUGAUCUUAAAUCAGACGUCUACUGAUUUUAUUGAAGCUCAAAACAUUUAGUUGACAUUCCUUGACAUAGACAGCCCUGUUUUCAGGGUAUGGUAGCAUGACGAUAGCUUUGACAGGGGCUCUGUGUACAGUCUAUGCCUCCCACUAGAAUGCAUAGGAGACUUGGAAAGGUUUCUCAACUCAGUCUUAAGCUUGCUUGUAUGAAAGACCAUGAAAUCUCAAACAUUCCAUACUCGUGAUAAAAAAGCAUAUAGGAAACAAAUGGGUAACAGUUUACUCAAAGCCAACCGGUAUAAUGCUUCUAUGCUGCAAUUUUUUAACAAGCUGAUAACAGCCGUUUAGUCAGUGUCCAUCAGAGACGAUGGUAAGACGUUAUAAGCGGGUCAUACAUGCUUAUGACAAGUCUUACGAUGUAUUAUACCUGUUGGCAUUAAGUGAAGUGUUACUAACAAAUCUAUGUGAAUAUCACAAAUAUGUCAUAUUUAUUCACUGUGUAAUUGAUGUACUUUAACCUUGUCUUUUUUGUAAUGACAAAGCAUUUAUUUUAAUAAAGUGAUGUAUUCAUGUA